CGACUCUGGUUAGAAUUCCCGCCCAUGACAUCACAACACGCCCAUUGGCCUAUGGGGUCGCAUCAUUACCAAUCUCACUGCACAACACCUUGGAACUCUCCACUGCCUGGAAUUGAUAUCAGUAAUACAUAACUGGGUAUACUCACUGAAUCCAUUCGUUCCAUGCCUCAUUGUGCCUCCCUCAGACUCCGCAGGUGUCACCCCAUAGCAUGCGACUCCCUCCAUCCUCCUCGGGUAGCUCCAUCAUCUGUCGCAGUACAGCCCAAUCCACACCACCUCUACUAUAUAAAUCUACUCCAAUUAUCGCCGCAGCUGUCUGGACCAGGUAUCCCGCAUGUAAGUCGGCGCUCGGCACGUCAUCUAUCCUUGCAUCCCAUCGCCCGGAAAUAGCUGCCAACCUCCCCCGCAUCCAGCACAUCCAUACAUCAUCUCAUAUCACCACCAACUCCAAUAAGAACAACACCAGCAACAAGAGGAGAACCAGCAACAACAACAACAACAUCCAUUUAAUAAAAACGCGUAUACACCACUUCUCAACCUCACGACGGUGGUCGUCUACUCCAACGCCAAAGAUGUCGUCAACAUCUACGUUCAAAAUCAAGGACCUAACUUCGCUCGACCUUCCUGCUGACAAGAUCGAAGUAGAAGUCGAGGGCAUCGAGAAGGGAAAACUCUUGCUCUUGAAACAUGGCGGCCAGGUCCAUGCGCUUACUGCUAACUGUACGCAUUAUGGCGCGCCGCUGGUAAAGGGCGUUUUGACUCCUGAUGCGAGGCUGACUUGCCCGUGGCAUGGUGCUUGUUUUAAUAUUACAACUGGAGACGUGGAAGAUGCGCCAGCCCUCAAUGCGCUACAUAAAUAUGAAGUGUUCGAGAAAGAUGGAAGCGUCUACGUCAAGGCUGACGAGACAACCUUCAAACAAAAUGGCAGGCUGCCCAUUAGUUCUUGUAGCGUUUCUCAACAUGAUCAGAAGGUUGUAAUUAUUGGAGGCGGAAGCGGAACCAUCGGAGCAGUAGAAGUGCUCCGUGAGCACGGCUUCAGCGGCCAAAUCACAAUAAUUUCCAAGGAGCCCAACCUCCCCCUCGACAGAACGAAGCUCUCCAAAGCCCUAAUCCCAGACCCAGAGAAACUCCUCCUCAGAGAGAAAGGAUGGUAUGCCGCGGUCUCCGUCUCCGUGCUCUCGGACGAAGUCACCUCCGUCGAUUUCACAAACAAGACCGUAGCGACCAAAUCAGGCAAAUCAGUUCCGUAUACAAAACUAAUCCUAGCUACAGGCGGGACCCCGCGCCGCUUGCCACUCCCCGGCUUCAAAGAACUGGGGAACAUAUUCGUCCUCCGCACUGUGGAAGAUGUGCAAGCCAUUCUAGCUGCCGUAGGGCCCAGGAAGCAGAAAGAAAUCGUGAUAAUCGGCAGCUCCUUCAUUGGCAUGGAAGUAGGCAACACACUCUCCAAGGAGAACAACGUGAAAAUCGUCGGCAUGGAAUCCGUACCGCUCGAGCGCAUCAUGGGCGCAAAAGUAGGACGCGUCUUCCAAACUAAUCUGGAAAAGAACGGCGUGAAGUUCUACAUGUCCGCCUCCGUCGACAAAGCUACCUCGUCUGACGCGGAUCCUUCAAAGGUAGCCGCCGUUUACCUUAAAGACGGCACCGCUCUGCCCGCCGAUCUCGUCAUCCUAGGCGUCGGCGUCAGCCCGGCCACAGAAUUCCUCCGCGAUAACCCCAGCGUAACCCUCGAGCGCGACGGGUCCCUCAAAACGGACGAGUACUUCGCUGUCGAGUGUCUAAAGGGCACGAACGGCGAUAGCGACGUCUACGCCGUCGGCGACAUCGCCACAUACCCCUACGAUGGACCUGGGGCAGGCCAAGGCGGCCACACGCACGUGCGCAUCGAGCACUGGGACGUAGCACAGAACUCGGGGCGAAGCGUCGGACGCACGAUCGCCCACUCGUUCUCGAGCAACAGUUCCGUGCCGCUGAAGGCGAAAUCGUUCAUUCCGAUCUUCUGGUCGGCGCUGGGUGGCCAACUGCGCUACUGCGGCAAUACGAUGAAUGGGUUUGACGAUUUGAUUAUUAAGGGGGAUACGGAGGCGGGGAAAUUCGUGGCAUACUAUGUGCUGGGUGAGACGGUGGUGGCGGUUUCGAGUAUGGGGAUGGAUCCGAUUGUUAUGAAGUGUGCUGAGUUGAUGAAGAGGGGGAAGAUGGUGAACAAGAAGGAGGUGGAUGAGGGGGUGGAUGUGUUGAAGGUGGAUUUGGCAUGAGGUGUAUGUGCCCUUUUUUUUGGGGGGGGAGGGGUUUCCAUGAUUAGGAAUUAAUGGAUGGCGUGGCGUUGGGUCGGAUUCAGUUUGAAGGGAGUUGGCGAUGAUAAUUCAAGUGAAAUAUAACUGACCACAAAGAAAAAAAAAAAAUCCCAAAACCAAAUCUUCAUAAAUGGAAUGCUCUCUAUGAUCUUUAAUCCUUGACAAAAAAGAAUAAUCACCCCUAUAUUUCAAAGCAUGCCGACAUAGCAUGCAAAAAGAGACAGCUAUGAAGAUUAGCGCAAAAAAACAGCGACAAUACCAAGGACAAAACAUGAGAUGAAAACCUCUCCCAGGAUAUACAUGAGACCACAUAGCAAAUGAGACCGCGAAUGGAAAGUGUGGAAAAUCGAUAUCUUCACAUGUGCUUCUAUAGAUCAAAGAAAAAAGGGCAAAG